AUUCUACCACUAUUACUAAUCCUGAUUUAAUAUUAGAAAAUUUUAUAAAAUUUUCACAAAUUGUAUCAAGUAUUAAUUGGAAUAGACCAAUUGUAGUUAUGACAGAUUCUACUAAAUUACGACCAAAACUUGUAUAUUCUGGUGAACUUAAUUAUAUUGCUGGAUCAAUUUUAUCACAUUCAGAAACAACUAUCGAAAUACUCGAAGAUAUACAUCCUAAAAUUGAUUAUAUUUUAAAGAAUAAUGCAAUUGCUACUCAAAUUCCUAUUGAAAAAGUUCUACCAGUAAUGAUAGCGAUGCUUCCUAUGAAGGGUAAUGAAAAUGCUGAGCAAAUUGCACAUUUAAUACAUCAAGUAAUUGAAAUGUCACAUAUGGCAAAUUUGAAUAUUUUAAGUUUUGGAGCCGAUGGUGCCAGAUCUGAGUUUAAUGACUUACAAGAAUGUACUAGAAUUGCAUUUAAUGAAGCCGUAUUAUUAGCAAAAUAUAUUCAUAUAUAUAAUUAUAAAGAGGAAUUUUUAAUUCCAGAAUUUACUAAAUAUAUAGAACAAAUAACUGAUAUUGUGAAUAAUGAAAAUGAUGAAUUAAAUGUACCGAAUUCAUUAGAUAAUGAUCAAUUACACAAAGAUGAAACUUUAAAUAAUGAUGAAAUUUCUUAUAAUGAAAGUUCAGUCGAAGAUGAAGAUAUGAUACAACAAUUAUCAUCAUUUACCAAAUUUUCUGAGAUUCAAUAUAUUAUUCAACAUUCUCCUAUUCCUGUAUCUUUUCAUUCAUUUCAACAAUUUUUUACAAAUGACGCUUUAGAUUUUAAUAUUCUUUUACAAAUUCGUCAAAAUCAUGAUGCAUUUUCACCACAUAUGAAAUCUAACUUUAGUCAUUUACAUCAAACUACAAUAGACAAAAAUCAUAAUAAAAUUAAUGAAAAUGUUGUCAAUAAACUUAUCACUGAGAUAACAUCAGACAAUGUUGAUGAAAAUCGAAGAAAAAAAC